AUGCUAAAGAUUAUUCUGAUUUUACUUUUUAUUAGCAGGUUUUUGCAAAGUCUACGAGCUCAGUAUGACUACAGAGGACGGGACUAUGUUCGACAAAAAGCAGAGAGACUUAUCUUUGGAUUGGCAAUGGUGAAAGACAACGACAUGUAUCGCAUCAUGGACGAGGCAUUGGCAGCCGGUUAUCGGACCUUUGAUACAGCGCAAUUGUACGGAAAUGAAGCUGCUGUCGGUCAAGCUCUGAAUACUCUUUUGCCAAAGUAUAGACUAAACAGGCAAGAUGUCUUUGUGGUCUCAAAAGUACAACCACCAAAUCAAGGAGACAGAGCAGAUCCUUCAAUCGUCGAAUCAUUACGGAAAUUAAACCUUGGAUACAUUGAUCUCAUGCUCAUUCAUUGGCCAAAUGCGAGUCCUGAUAACCCAAGAAAUCCCUAUCAUCAUCGAAUGGAAAGGAGGAAGACAUGGAUGGCUUUGGAAAAGUAUUAUGCUCUCGGCUUGCUUAAAGCUAUUGGAGUCUCGAACUUUCAUCCACAUCAUUUGAAUGAUCUGUUGAGCUAUGCAAAGGUUUUUCCGGCAGUCGAUGAAUCGGAGAGUAGUUUGAGCUAUCAAACGAACGAUUUAUUGGAGUAUUGUGCAAGAAAAGGGAUCUUUUUUUGGGCUUACACUUGUCAACUACGUCACGAUCAAGCGAAUCUACUCAAUAUUGUUUCGAAAUUCACAAAAAUCGCUAACAAAUACAAGAUCACACCGAAAAUGCUUGAGUACAUCUAUGCAUUGAAUCGAGGAAUGGGCGUUGUUAUGGGAGCCUCAUCUCCAAUUCAUAUCAAAGAAAAUCGAGCUCUGUUGAAUUAUAAACUACAACCGGAAGACAUGACAGCAUUGACUCUACCAAACGGAACAACAGGUCGAAAAUCGAUUGCAUGUGGAAAUAUCAAUCUGUCGUCGAUUCUU